GUCUGGUAGCUAUUUGACAGCAUUGACACAGCAAUCAUAUUAUCAUAACAACGAGUGUUAUUUUGUCAAAAAUAUCUGGUUGGUUAUCGUUUUACAAAAAUGGUGUUGGGUCAAAAUGAGGGUCACAAAAAGUCAACCACUUCAUUUGUUUUACGAGGCAACAAAGAGUUUCUCGAAAGGCAAAAAAAUGUUUUUGAUCAGUUAACUACAACGAAAUGUAAUCUUCGCCCUGAGAAAGCUAUCGAUGUAGAACCCAACACGCCGAAAUCAUCAGGCCGAGUAGUAACCAAGCAAUUUCGUGGUAAAGAAAGCAUUUUUAAAGUUCCUCAAGAUCCCGUUAAUUACAUGAGAACAAUUCCUGAUUUUAAAAAGAACCCACAUAAAUGGACAAAAUACUCACUUGCAGAUGUCAAGGAUGAAGAUAUGUCUGACUCAAGUAACACAAAAACAGCUCUCUCAUUUUUGAAUGAGUUAAAGAGCAGAAGUGUAGAAGACAUGAGAGAUGCUGAUGAGGAACCAAAGAAAAUUGUUUUCAAAAAGUUUACGCCAGAAAGUGGAAGUUCAAAGUUGGAAGUCAAGGCUAGUUUCAGAAGUUCAAAACGUGUCAUGCCAGAAUAUGUUGUUGGGGAGAAGAUCAAUAAAAGAAAAAAGAAUCACAAUUCAGGAAGUUCGGAAGGUCCCCAAUUAAAAUUAGAUCAUUUAUUUGAAGAUGAAUGAAUUUGUAUUUAUAUACACCAUUUAUUUUGUGUGGAAACAUUUGUUAAAUUAAGAGAUAUCUUAUGUAUAAUAAUAAUGUUAUAAUAUUUUA